CUUCCAGUUAAUUGAAGCACAGGUCAUAGCAAUCAUGGAGUCUGAUGAGCGGCCUGCAAAGAUGCGAAAGCUGGAGCAUGCGGAUGAUGAACAGAGCUCUCUGAAUGCGGAUAUUGUAACUUCCACUGCAAUACCGGACGCGCAAACUCCCGUGACCGCGGAAAAUGCAGAGGCAGAAGAGUCAGCUACAGCAGCAACUGGCACACCAGCUGGUGACGAGGAUGCGGCGCCAAAGUUGUCUAAAAAUCAACUCAAGAAGCAGAAACGUCACGACCGUUGGGAAGCAGGGCGGGAGGAUCGCAAACAGAAGCGGAAGGACAAAAUCAAAGAGAAGAAGGAGCGAUGGCGUGAAGCGAGGAAGUCAGAUGGAGAUGGGACUAGCAGCACAGUACAGCCACGGCCAGCGCGAGCACUAAGGCAUUCAGCAGGCUUGGGAACCCAGGUCCCUGUCACAAUCAUCUUCGAUUGCGACUUUGAAGACUUCAUGUUUGAUCACGAACUCAAGAGUUUGGGACUUCAAAUCACGAGAUCUUACAGCGACAAUCGCAAGGCCAAGUUUAGGGCCCAUCUAGCAUUAAGCAGUUUUGGAGGGAAGAUGAAAGAACGGUUUGAUGGAAUCCUCGCGCAGCAGUACACACACUGGAAAGGCUUUCGCUUCUCCGAGGAGGACUUUGUGGCAGUGGCACAGACGUCGAAAGAGUGGAUGACUGGCCCAAAGGGUGGUGAGAUUGCGGGAGCGUUGAAGCCCUCAGAAGAAGAUGGAGCUUCUGGCGAGGAAGAGAAGACAGACAAGACGAUCGAAGAAGGCGAGAUCGUCUACCUCUCCGCUGAGUCCGACAACGUCCUCACACAUCUCAAACCUAACAGCACAUACAUCAUUGGAGGGCUGGUUGACAAGAAUCGACACAAGGGCAUCUGCCACAAGCGAGCCGUCGAACGAGGAAUCAAGACCGCGAAGCUACCCAUUGGCGAGUUCCUGGAGAUGAACAGUAGGCAAGUGCUGGUGACGAACCAUGUGCUGGAAAUCAUGCUCAAGUGGAUGGAGUCCGGAGACUGGGGCAAGGCGUUUAUGGAGGUGAUUCCGAAACGGAAGGGCGGGAAACUCAAGGAUGGCGGGGACGACGAAGAGGCGGACCUAGAUGAAGCGGAGCACAAGGAAGAGCUUGAUCAGGACAUGGAGGAAGCGGAAGAUGUUUCAGCAGAACCCGCGCCCAAAGUCCCACAGUCUGAAGAACCAACGCAGGCAGAAAAGGGAACAGAAGCUUGGAAUCAAGGCAUAUAAAAAUUUAACUUCUUGAGCUUGUUCGCGCACCGAAUGCCGUACAGCAAAUACAACCCCAUUUGCGUGCUCGUG